CUACAGGAGCACAUUAUUUGAAACUGUAACAUAAUCCUGUAUGUUUUUGCAUUUUUUUAGGGGUUAUUUUACUUCUCCUGGAUCGGUUACGGAAGGUCAGAUGGGAGCAGAUGUGGAGACUGACUGCAGAAAGAGAACUAAUGAGCAUGCUGUCCACCUCAUUGGCAGACCAGGACAUCUUUAAUGCAGUGAUCAAGCAGAACCCGUUCCUUGUUUACCAGCUGCCCUGCUAUUGGAACGUUCAACUGUCAGACCACACUCGCUCUGAAAAAUGCUACAAAGAUGUAUCAGACCUGAAGGUGAUCCACUGGAACUCCCCCAAGAAGCUACGAGUCAAAAAUAAGCAUGUUGAGUUCUUUCGAAAUCUUUAUCUUACUUUUCUGGAGUAUGAUGGUAACCUGCUGCGACGGGAGCUGUUUGGCUGUCCAAGCGAGGCUGACCCCAACAGUGAAAAUCUGCAAAAGACUCUUUCCGAGCUUGAUGAAGAUGACCCCUGUUAUGAAUUUCGGCGAGAGAGAUUUACAGUUCAUCGAACACAUCUUUACUUUCUCCACUAUGAGUAUGAACCCAGUUCUGACCAAAGUGAUGUCACUCUUGUUGCCCAGCUAUCUAUGGACAGGCUCCAGAUGUUAGAGGCUAUCUGUAAGCACUGGGAAGGCCCCAUCAGUUUGGCCCUAUACCUUUCAGAUGCUGAGGCACAGCAGUUCCUGCGAUAUGCACAGGGAUCUGAGGUGCUGAUGGGCCGCGGAAAUGUAGGUUACCAUGUAGUCUACAAAGAGGGGCAAUUCUAUCCGGUCAAUCUCCUGCGAAACGUUGCCAUGCAGCAAGUCAACACAAACUAUAUGUUCCUAUCAGACAUUGAUUUCCUCCCCAUGUAUGGCCUCUAUGAGUAUCUCAGGAAAUCAGUGGUACAGCUUGACAUGGCCAACACCAAAAAAGCCCUAGUAGUUCCAGCCUUUGAGACUCUGCGAUAUCGCCUCUCCUUCCCGAAGUCUAAGGCAGAAUUACUCUCCCAGCUGGACAUGGGCACACUCUUCACCUUUAGGUGUGAAACAGAAACACUUAUAUUAUUUCUUGUCAUGUUUAAGUGUUACUGCAAGCAGCUUUACUUCUCCUUUACUUUUAUUAAAAAAUAUAGCAUGGAAACAUUUUUGUCCAGCAUCUCAGAAAGCAUAGGCGUAACUUCCUGAAGGACUAGUGUGGACAUGUCCCCACCAACUUUGGCAUGAAGGGGACAAUCCCCACCAAUAUUUCCUGCACCUUUUUUUUCUAAUGUGCCUUCAUCUAUGUAACUUGGUAUAGAUGCCGAGUUACAUACACGUUGUAUUCAAAGCAUUUACAGACAGGUAAUGCUUUUUAAAAUUCCUUUGUAAAACGUAAAUGGCAAGUCCUGGGGCUCAGUGCUCUAGUGGAUUGGACAUAACGUGUCACAUGCGCUAUUGCUUUACAUUGAGUCAGGAAUAUCGGUGGUCGGGGAAAUGACACAAUCAAACAAAGAAUCUGAGAAGGGGACGCAAAGUUUUGAUAUCGUCAACACUACGAUAGCAAGAUAACAAGGUCCAAAGGGAUCACAUUUCACAGGUCAGUAAAAAGCUUUAAUUAAAAAAUAUAUAUAUAAAGAAAGUGGAGAGUAGAUUAGUUAUGCUAGGU